UUCUCUGGCAUGAACAUGUUCAUUUAUUUUAUUUCCUAUUUCCUGACCUAAAUAAAACUCCCUCUAACUAUAGGUAGUCUAUAAGAAAACAGUUGGGCAGCAGCCAUACGAUAGCACGGAUGCUAUUUAGUCGAAGUAAAUUCGUUUUAAGUGUCUCUUACAAAUUUUCAUUCUCUUUCGAUCGUUAAUUAAAAAUAAUAUUGUGAUGUAUUAAAAUUAAUAAGGAUUAAUUAUCGGACUUUUAUAUAUGGUAUCGCUAAAAAGAGAUAAAAAACAAUCGCCGAAUCUAUGUCACGAGCUGUGCUCGUAGUUAAACCUCGCUGGCGCAGUAAAUAUCGAGGUGUCUAAUUAUAUCAUAUGUACCUAAAAAUCGUUCGAAAAGUAAAAUUAAUGAAAUAAAUUGUCUUUUCUAAUGAAAUUGCAUUGGUAUAUCAAUGUCGUAAUGAAUGAUAAAAAAAAUGCUUCUGACAUAUGUCGUCCUGUUUUUAUUACCUUCCAUUCAUGGAUUCCCAAGAAACGUCCCAAUUGGGGUUCUACUUGAUGGCAAUGAAAUGAUCGAGAAAGCAUUUGAAUUUUCGAUACAAAAUGUUAAUACAAAUGCUCAAAUAUCGAGGGACGUUAAAAGCUUAACAUUAAAAUUGGAAAGGAUCGAUGUUGAUACAUUCGAAGCAGCACAGAAAACGUGUGAACUUUUAGAAAGUGGUGUAGCCGGUUUAUUCGGGCCGCAAGACAAAUCUGCAUCGUAUUUCGUUCAAAGUAUGUGCGAUGCUAUGGAUUUGCCAUAUAUUACCACCAGAUGGGAUCCUGAACAAAUUCGAGGAAAUGCAAUUAAUUUAUAUCCUCAUCCGGAAAUACUCUCGACGGUUUAUUAUAAUAUAAUCAAGGAUUUCAAAUGGAAGGAAUAUGCAAUUUUGUAUGACGAUACGGAGAGCUUAUUACGUUUUCAACGUGUAUUGGAGCUUCAAGAGAUAAAUGGUUACGAGAUAACGAUUUAUCAUUUGGGCCAUGGUCCAGAUUAUAGGGACAUCUUACAAACAGUAAAAAUGUCCGAUGUGAUCAAUAUUGUGAUAGAUUGUUCUUACGAAAUUCUACCUACGGUUCUUCGACACGCACAACAAGUAGGUUUAAUGUUGCAAAAGUAUAACAUUCUCGUAACAAAUCUGGACUUUCAAACGUUGGAUCUGGAACCAUAUAAAUAUUCCGGUGUAAACGUGACUGGCGUUAGAAUGAUAAAUCCAAACGAUCCUUAUCUCUUGGAUAUAUUCGAGACCUUUUAUCUCGAUUGGAACUUAACAGAACCCUCGAAAUUAACGAUUGAAGCUGCAUUGACGUUCGAUGCUGUGCAACUUUUUGCAAGAGGCAUGGCACUUUUGGAUGAUAGCGUAAAAGGCCAUUUAAAACAAUUGACUUGUAACGAAUCUGAUAGCUGGGAGUUUGGCAAUAGUUUGAGCAAUUUUAUUCGAGCCGAAAGUAUACAUGGUUUAAGUGGACCAGUGAGAUUCGAUACAGCUGGAUAUCGAAGUGAUUUUCGAUUGGAGAUCGUCAGUCUUAAUUUAAAAGGAUUGAAUAAAGUUGGCGAUUGGCGUAGCACGAAUGGUAUUUCAUGGAUAACAAAAUCUGGUUUUCCAACCAAUGAGAUAAAAUCAUUGCACGAUAAACAUUUCAUCGUAUUGAUAUCUUUGACCAAUCCAUAUGGAAUGUUUAAGGAAUCACCUGACUUGAGAACAGGUAACGAUCGUUAUGAAGGUUUUGCAAUCGACAUAAUCGAUGAAAUGAGCAAAAUAUUAGGAUUUAAUUAUACCUUCGAGGUACAGGAGGAUAAUGUUUAUGGUUCAUUGCAAAAAGCAACAGGAGAAUGGAAUGGGAUGAUUAAAAAAAUUAGAGACGGCAGAGCAGAUUUAGCGAUUACCGAUUUAACGAUUACUUCCGAAAGAGAAAGUGCAGUUGACUUUACGACACCCUUUAUGAAUUUAGGUAUAAGUGUAUUGUAUAGAGAACCAACGCAAGCACCACCAAGUUGGAGUUCAUUUCUUUUACCAUUCUCUUAUGAAGUCUGGGGCUAUCUUAUUGGUUCUUGGGUAAUCGUGAGUUUGGUAUUGUUUAUUAAUGGAAGAAUAAGUGCAGUAGAAUGGACCAAUCGAUAUCCCUGUAUAACCGAACCAGAAGAAUUAGAAACUCCUUAUACUAUGAUAGAUACUCCUUUUUUCAUAAUUGCCAGUUUGGUGAAUGGUGCAUCAGAUUUUGCUCCGGGGAGUAUUUCAACGAGAACGUUAGGUACAGCAUGGUGGUGCUUUUGUCUGAUCAUGAAUUCCACUUACACCGCCAAUCUAGCGGCUGCUUUAUCUACCAAGCCUACGGUAUGGCCCUUUAAGCAAGCAGACGAGUUGCCCUAUCAGAACACGAUCAAAUACGGGGCGAAGAGGGACGGUUCUACCAUCUCGUUUUUCAAGACGGCAACGUACGAGCCUUACAAACUCAUGUAUGAUUACAUGAUGGAACAUGCGAACGAAGUAUUGACGAAUAACAACGAAGAUGGUCUAAAAAAAGUGCAACAAGAGGAUUAUGCUUUCUUCAUGGAAUCCUCAUCGAUAGAAUACUUCACACAGAGGAAUUGCAACGUCACACAAGUUGGAGCCCUUUUAGAUGCCAAGGGUUAUGGUAUAGCCAUGAGAAAAGAUAUAUAUUAUCGGAACCAGCUAAGCGGUGCGAUACUGAAGCUGAAGGAGUCUGGUAUGAUAACCGAACUCCAAGAUAAAUGGUGGAGGCAAAAAAGGGGAGGGGAUAAGUGUAGCGAAAAACCGACUGUGGCGGCCGAGUCAUUGAAUUUCGAGGACGUUGGUGGUGUAUUUAUGGUACUCACAAUUGGUCUCAGUUUAUCCUGGUUAGGUACAAUAUGGUCAUUAUUAUGGCAUAUACGAAAUAUUUCCGUUACCGAAAAUGUUUCUUUCAAGGACGAGCUAAUAGAGGAAUUAAAGUUUUUAGUAAGGUGUAGCGGUACGAAAAUAGUUAAAAAAAAAAAGAAAUCAUCGAUCUCAACGGAGAUAGAUACGAAAAAGUUAAGUCCUUAAAUUUGAUCGAGAAAGAAGUGGG